CAGAGUGGAAAACGCGGACGCCUAGAACACCUCCUGGCUUUGACAUUCCUUUACGACACACAACAUCACUAGUCUGCUGUGAACAUCUCCUUCGCGAAUGUAACAAAAAUUAUAGACAAGCCACAGUGGUGCGAUUGCGGCCAUGCAAGCCAAACGAUGGCCCGUAUAGUGAAUCACUGUGGUCUGCGCUCCUUCCACUGACGAGUAAGAAGAACAACACAAAAUCUCUAUCCUGAAGCCCUCUCGUCAUGGCCAGCACACCUCGACAUUGGCAUUCAGCUCCAGAACAUACUGUUGCCAUCACGCCCAAGAAGAGAAUUGGCACUGAGUUAGCAUCUUCAACACGAACACAGUGACCCCAGCUGAGAGGGGGUGAAAUUCCACCCAGGGGCAUUGCUCACUCAGAAAGCUCAUCUCAGCAGUAUUUGCUCAGCGGUUCAACCAUUAGGUCAGGAUCAGCUCUCGAACCCCACUGCUCUCAGUGUGUCUCCGGUAACAUCUCGUAUCUUGGCCAGUUGUUAAACACCCGUGUAAUAUUGGACUUAUUAACCACAAAGACGCAGUUAAUAAUUGGAAUUUAAAGUCGGAUAUUGGACCACACGAGGAGGGAUUUAUGAGGAAUAAAAAGGCAAAGCCUUCAUAAGGCGACGCAGCGUGCAGUUACGUAGGGUGGAUGACAUGACAUAAAUUUAUAGUAUUAUAUUAUUAGCAUUUUAUUUCAUUUUAUAUUAUUAUAACUUGACCGCGGCGAGAGUGAAGAAUGCAUUAUUGCAAGUACUGCGUCAUAAAGACCUCGGGAGAAGGCGGCGAUGGCGAUGACGGCGGCAAAGAGGCGGCGAUCGUCGCCGGAGAGCGGCCUCCGAGCGACGAAGCCCCCGUGGAGAAACGCGAAGAGGCGCUCCUCUAUGGCCUCGAGGAUCGGCCGCCCAUCCUCCUCUGCAUCAUCCUCGGCUUCCAGCACUACCUCCUCGCGUUCGGCGGCAUCAUCGCCAUCCCACUCAUCCUGGCCGAGCCGCUGUGCGCGGGCGGCGACGACCUCGUCAAGGGGCUCCUCAUCAACACGAUGUUCUUCGCGUCGGGGCUCGCCACGCUGCUGCAGACCACGCUGGGCACGAGGUUGCCCAUCCUGCAGGGUGGCAGCCUGAGCUUCGUGGCUCCGGCCUUUGCCAUCCUCGCUCUUCCCGAGUGGCAGUGCCCGGCGCUCAAUGGCACGGAGGCCGCCCACGGCGCCGCGCGGCCCAGCGAGCCCGAGGUGUGGCAGCCUCGCAUGCGGGAGCUCCAGGGCGCGAUCAUGGUCGCGUCGCUCUUCCAAGUGGCGCUGGGCCUCACGGGCGCCAUGGGACCGGCCCUGCGCCUCAUCGGGCCGCUGUCCAUCGCGCCCACCAUCACCCUCAUCGGCCUCUCGCUCUUUGGGGAGGCCGGGCGCAAGAGCGGCGGCCACUGGGGAAUCGCGUGCCUGACCGUGGCCCUGAUCGUGCUCUUCUCCCAGUACCUGCGCGAUGUCGCCGUGCCGAUGCCGGGGUUCGCCGGGGGGCGGUGCCGCGUGGUGAGGUAUCCCGUCUUCAAGAUGUUCUCUGUGCUGUUGGCCAUGUGCAUCUCGUGGCUGCUGUGCUACAUCCUCACGCUGACAGACGCGCUCCCAGCAGAGCCGGGCGUGCCGGGUCACCUCGCCAGAACCGACCUCCACCUGCAAGCCAUCCAGCAUGCGCCCUGGUUCCGCGUCCCCUACCCAGGGCAGUGGGGCGCGCCGACGCUGGGCGCCGCCUCGGUGCUGGGCAUGCUGUGCGGGGUGCUGGCCUCGGCGCUCGAGUCCGUGGGGGACUACGCGGCCUGCGCCCGCCUCGCCGGAGCGCCGCCGCCGCCGGCGCACGCCGUGAGCCGCGGCCUCGCGGCCGAGGGUCUCGGCUGCCUGCUAGCCGGGGCGCUGGGCACGGGCAACGGCACCACCUCCUUCAGCCAGAACAUCGCCGCGCUCGGCAUCACCAGGGUGGGCAGUCGGCUGGUGCUGCAGGUCAGCGGAGUCAUCCUCGUGCUGAUGGGGAUCUUCGGGAAGUGUGGAGCCGUCUUCAUCACCAUCCCCGAGCCCAUCAUCGGCGGCAUGUUCCUGGGCACCUUUGGAAUGAUCGCCGCCGUGGGCAUCUCCACCCUGCAGUACGCAGACAUGAACUCAUCCAGGAACGUGUUCAUCGUUGGGCUGUCCAUCUUCUCGGGUCUGGCCAUUCCAGCUUGGCUCAAGGAGAACCCCGGGGCCAUCAACACCGGGGUGGCGCCGAUCGACCAGACGCUGACCGUGCUGUGCACCAUGAGCAUGUUCGUGGGAGGAUUCCUCGGCUUCGUCCUCGACAACACCGUGCCCGGCACCGUGGAGGAGCGUGGGCUGCUGGCGUGGAGGAGCCACGGGCAGAGUGACCCGGACGGCGCCCAGGGCGGGGGCGACGCCGCGACGCGUGUCUACGACCUGCCGCUCAUCGCGUCGCUGCUGCGCAAGUGGACGUGGCCGCGCCGCGUCCCCGUCUGCCCGACCUUCGGGCAGAGGCCGGCUGGCGCGCCGAUCGCCGUGGGAAUGAACUGCGCCGCGUAGCCGUGGCGACGGCGGAGCACCCGGCUUGGAGGAUGGAUCGGCGACGGCAUGGGAUUACCAUAAAACAAAUUCUACGAUUUGUUGUUGUUGUUGUUGUUACCAAGUGAAGCCCACUGGGCUAUGUAGCUCUUUUUCACAAGCCACCUGGCCACAAAUGAUAGCUCAACGAAGUGGCUUACCAUGUAAGCCAGUCACAGCCAAAUAAUCUAAACGCACGUUUUUUAAAUGUGGAGAGAUUAAACGCAAACUCCAAAUAUACAGGCAUCGUCAGGGUCCAGAUUGAGCCCACACCCUCCGGCAUACCAGGCGAGGGAGAUAACAUCUCGCCCCCACAGCACCCCAGCUUCAGCCAAAUCGAGCCAAGCAGUCUUGAUUUGAAGCUUUCGUGACUGCAGGAAUCCAUACUCUUUGGUUCUUUCGGUAAAGUCACGUAAGUAGAAAAAUAAAAUACAUUUUUCUACCUAUGUGACUUUACCGAAAGAACCAAAGACCCAAGCAUAGUGCGUUGAUCACGUGUUCUCAGUGCUGUGACGUUACAUCGCAAACUACGCAAUUGGGAUCACAGCAGCAGCUGCGACAUCGCCCCCCUACUGCGGAAAAUUGGCAGAAUCCUCCUGAAACAGAUUCCUUGAGACUCAGUGAGGCCUUCCUAGGUAAACGAGCAUAUUAGCCAUAGUAAUAAUGUAGCUCUUUUCACAGAUGAAUACAGAUUUUUGUGUAAUACAGAUUGUAUCUUGCUGUUUUACAUGCUCAAAUAAAUAAUAUGUUUUGUGAUAAUCUCAAUCAGUUAACUGUAAGACUCCCUUGAUAAUGUGCAUGUUGUACCACAAAGCAUGAUGUGUGGUUAAUGCAGACGUGGCGAUAGGCGUCCGUUUGGUGUUUGAACGUCUUAAAUCCCCCUGUAUACUUGCCGGAAAGGGUAAAGCCAAUUAUUUUUUCAACAUAUUAUACAUCAUGUAACCAUUGUAAUUGCAACAGUACAGUAUAUAUAAUGACUAGUGAGUAUCAUGUUGUCAUGUAGCUAUCGCGAAUACUCAACAAAAUGUUUCGUGGGCGAUGAGGCUGUGGCACAGUGGG